GUAAUUGAAAUGACAAUUAGAAUCCUCUUGGGUUGAAUUAGAAACCAUUAAUUGUAAUUAAGCCCAAAAUGAGGUGAAGAGUAAAGUGGGUUUUUACCAAACAAUUAGGAAUUAGGAAUAGGAUUAGCUGUAGAGAGAGUAGCGUAGGUGGCGUGUGGUGAAGCGUUCAAACCCACUUGGUUUGGGUCUCUCCAUACCAAACCCACCAAUUACACACCAUGCCAGCCUCGCCGUGAACCCCCAAUUCCCCACCCCCACCCCCACCCCCACCCUUACCCUAGCCCUAGCCCUAGCCCGAUGGCCUCCGCCGACGAGCCCGCCUCCGCCGCCGCCCCUCUCAUCUUCAACGAGGACGAGGACCUCCUCGACGACGACGACGACGACGAGAGCUUCGACCACUACGACGACGAUUCCGCCUCCUCCGCCCCCGUCGCCGUCGAUCGUCCCCCUCCGCCCGUCUCCGCCGCCCAGGUCACGAUCGCCGUCCCCGGCCUCCCCGAUCCCCACCACCAGCAGCAAAUUCAGCCGGAGAUCGCGAAGAAGCCGCCGCCGCCGCCCGAUGAAUCGCGGAAGCUGUUCCAGCGCCUCUGGACCGACGAGGACGAGAUUGAGCUGCUGCAGGGGUUCCUCGAUUACACCACCCAGCGCUGCGGCCCCCACAGCUCCUCGCAGCACCACCACGACACCACCGCCUUCUACGACCAGAUCAGGAGCAAAUUCCAGCUCGAUUUCAAUAAGAACCAACUCGUCGAGAAGCUGCGUCGCCUCAAAAAGAAGUACCGCAACGUCAUCAGUAAAUUCGGCACUGGGAAGGAGUAUACGUUCAAGAGCCCCCACGAGCAGGCCACCUUCGAAAUCUCCUCCAAAAUUUGGGGCAACGCCGCCGUCAAUGGCGCUGCCGCCUACCGCGCACCUCCCGUGCCGAUCGAUGAGGACGAGGACGGCAUCAACAACCCUAAUUUCAAUAAUUUCGUCGAUUGCCAGAGCCCCAACCCAAACGGCAUUGAUAUAAACGCCAAAACGCCGCGCUCCAGGAAGAGGAACCGUGCCGGAGCGGUGAAAUUGGAGGAGAAGCAACACAACGUCGCCCCCGUUAACAUCAGUAAUGCUCAGCCCGUAUCGGCUGUGAGCCCGAUGGCUGCUCCGGUGAUGGGCAUGGGGAUAACAGGAUCGUUAUCCGGCGUGAUCGAAGAGACUGUCAAGAGUUGCCUAUCCCCAAUAUUCAAGGAGCUCCUAUCCAAUUCGAUGAGCCCUAAUCUGAACAGCAACGGAUCGUGCUGUGGAAAUGGGUUCGGAUUGGGACGAAGCCCCAUACCCUUCUGCUUCGGGACAGCCAUGGGCGCAGAUAAAGCGUCGAACGAGCGGUGGAGGAAGCAACAAAUACUGGAGUUGGAGGUGUUCUCGAAGCGGCUGGAGCUGGUGCAGGAUCAGAUUAGGGAGCAACUGCAGGAGCUUAGGUCCAUGGGGAAUUGAUUCAUUACUUCCUUGGGGCAGGCGUCGUCUUCUACUGUUUAUCACGGUGGAUGCUCGUUGUCGUUGUCGGGGACAUGGAUACUCUUGGUUAGUGUUGGUUGAUAUAUAUGAGAGACAGCAUAAACUCAUCUGACAUAGUAAUGGAGCUGAAUUGUGUGGAGGUAUCAGAUGUAAACGUUUUCUACUGUGAGUCUGUUUAUCUGAAACUAUGAUGCAGUUUAUCAUUAAAAUUAAGGAGUAGUUGUAAAUGUUGAUGUAGCUUUGUUUGCAAAUAAGUUGAAUCUCUUUAGCAGUAGCUUGUUUUUCUCAA